AUGGAGUUUUGUUCAAAUAUCUUAAAACCAAAGUCUUUGCUGGAAGCUUGGGUUAUGAGUCUCACUCUGGCAGCACCUGCCAGUUUCAUUCCAGGAAGGAAACAAUCUACAGAGAAUAUUAAAUAUUCUAUGCCAAGGCCAUUUAUGCUGGUGGAGAGGAAAAUUCAAGCUGUAAAGCCUCAGAGGAAUGAAUACUAA